UGGCAGUUGAGAAGAGCAAUGAGCCAGAAACUAGGAUGGAGAGAAGGGAAGGAAAUGCCAUGCCCUUACACAGGGCUUACAAUUCCAGCAUCCUGGGUUACCCAACAUAUAGGCCAAUUCUCCCCUACCGCAUGUACCACUUCUCUUCUAUGUCACCACACCAGCGACAGCUUCUGGAGAGGACCCAAAGCUACAUUCGCAUGUUCUGUGCUGGCCUCAUGGGCUUUAUCUUUGUCCUGCUGAUGUGCUUGUCCCCUUUACAUUGGGUGCGGUUCAUGGUAAUGAAAGACAAGAAGAAACUCUUUGCGGGGCUCUGGACUGUGUGCCACCAUGAUCUCUGCUGGAGCCACGUGCCAAAAGCACCCUGCACCUGCCUACUCCUCUGCCUCAUUUUGUACCUGAUGCAAGUGAAAUUGUACAGUAGGAACGUCUUGGAGCCCCAUUUCCUAUUAGCCUACCGCCUCAAUUGGUGGGGCAGUAUCUUCUACAUGACAGUUGGGUUCCUCUCUGGACUCAAUCACAUAAGUUCUCGGGCUACUUCUCCAGAUCAAAAUCUCCUUGUGAUUCCUAUAACAAGGACAAGAAUAGGAAAUACGGCCAGAGUAGACCGGGGACUAACUGAAACAAAUGUAGGUGUUUCUACGUGGAUGAAUCAGGCACCAGAAAGGCAGUCAGGUUCAGUGGCACAAUCAAGUGUCUACACAGAGAAAGGGACUCAGACAAAGACAGUAACCCAAAAAGUGCUAGAAAGUCAGGUUGAACCAGAGGUCCAGGCUGAGUCAGGGACCCACACAGAGCCAGAGAUAGGAAGUGAAUCAGCAAUAAAAGAUGGGUUAAUAACUACAAGGUUAGCUACUGAGAUAGAACCAAUUGACACAGUAGAGCCAAGGCCUGAGGCAGAGAUAAUUGGGAGUGUGGCUGAUGAUAUGUCAAGCAAUAGCCUUCAGGGCAAUGAACACAAAAUGACCAAAAACUGGAAUUAUGAGGACAGAGAUUCAGCUGAGAAAAAUGAGGAUGACAAAACAAAAAAUUAAUCUUAGAUACAAGGUAGUGAGAGCAGAGAUAUUAAAAACAAACAAACAAACAAACAAACAAACAAACAAACCCCAGAAGGCUUAAAGAUGUUUUGCUGGGUCUGUAAGAAGUGUGGUAGGAGUAUCAGAAGUAAUUCUGAUAUAAUAGUAUGACUAUUCUUUUGAACUGCCCCACCCCCCACCCCCCCACCCUGGAUUACACCUCCUUCACGGAGCAAGUGGUAUUAUGGAUGAAAGCAAGCCAUUUGUAUGGGUUAGGGCAAAGGCACCAAUAACGUAAGGCUCACAAGGAAAGAAAUGCAAAGCUUAUUAAAGGAAGUUUCCAUGUUAGUGUUGUGUGCUGUGACUGGGAAAGGUUGGCAGGAGAUGAGAUCCCCAGGCCACCAAACCUUUCCAGAUUUCCAUGACCACAAAAUGGCACAUCUCAGUGGGACUGAAAGAACUUUCAGUUUGGAAAUUCAAACUCUCAUUUUUGGUCCUUACUUCUCUAAUUCAUUAGGCUGACUUUUGGCAAACAUUUAACUUUCUCUGGCCUAACAUCCUUCAUUGACCAGCUAGACUCUGAGAUUUCCUCUAGUGCUCUUUAUGGCCAUGAAUGAUAAACAAUGGAGAAAUUAUUCCUUUGGCCAUUGGCUCAUAUGACCCCAGAUUAUUUUAGCAAGUAACUUAGUCUAGUCAGAGGAACUAAAUUCAGUUCUCUACCUCCAAGGCUACUUUUGGCAACUCUUUAUUUUUUCAUUUAGAUACCUCAUUUAAAAAUGUAGCUGAAUCCCACUGUUUUUAGCUAUUUGGAAGAACUAGAAGGGAAGAAAAAAAGAGAAAAGCAAAAGGCCUGAGACUCUCUGACAGAGUCUACCACAUAGACUCAGGGAAUUUCAGUGAGGCCUUAAACAGUUUCACAAAAGAGAUUGUGGCCUUUGAAACUGGAAGCUAGAUUUUUUGGUUGGAAAUAUUAGUAGUUCACCAUGAAAAUCCACUCUUAGCUCCUUAAAUAGUCACUAUUGCUGGCUGCUUGCACCUCUAGCUAGUCAGUCAAAUUUUAUGACCCUUAAUUUUGUCAUCUUUAAAAGUGGCUUCAAUAAAUGAUACCAUCUCCAUUCCACAUAUUUCACUUUCUGGAACAUUAGAUAAGGAACCAGGAGAGAGAAGAAGAUGAACAGGGCAGGAAGCAUUAAAAGAUAUUCCUCCCAGCAUAAUGAAUUAACAGAUGCCUGCCUUAAAGUACAAAUUCUCUAAGAGGAUAGUUAAAAUUUUGGCCAUACUUUAAUGUGUGUUACUUAAAUCAACUGGAUAAUUACAUAGCCAAAGGUGACUAAGCAGAUGCUUUGAUAGAUGACAGAGGAGAAAGAAGAAACUUUGCAAAGGGAAGGUGUAGUGGGGGGGAGAAUUUUGUGAGCGCUCCGUCAGGAUGAAGGGGCUGAUUACCUGGGGGGCAGGCAUACUGAAACAGUAAGAAGAAAUGUGGGACACUGGUAAAGACAAACUUCAUCUCCAUUACAAUUUUGUCUACAACCGUGAAAGUAUCCAACGUUUGACUGGUUUGGAAACCUGUAACCUGCAUUUUCUUGUAUUCAUACCUGUCUUCCCAUGCAUCAUCCAUCCAUCAAAAAAUUAUAAAAGAGUUAUUGAACAUUAAUAAGUAGUUCACUGUGUAGAGGGGGAUAGAGACAAUAAGAGUAAAGGGUAAAAAACAGGUUUCUGGAAUUCUCAUAGCACACAGAAGUCUCAGCCCAAUUCAGUCUAGGGGCUUAAAGGAAAGCCCCUGUAAUUGGUAAAACAUGAACGAGCUCAAUCUGGAAAAAGAAAAAUGAUAACUAGAACUUGAUCUAGGAGAAGAAUCCCCGAACAAGUCUUUAGUGUAAAGCUGACUUUCCCAAAGGUUCUGUAAACCGAAUAAUAUUACAGCAGCCUGUUAUUAAAAGGUAGAAAGGAAAAACAAAAUUUAAUCAGCCAUUUUUGUUCGUGGGACUCUAGCCUCUUGUCAUAAAUGCUUGGCUUUCCUUUCUCCUUUCUUUCCUCUGUCCUCUUUUACUUUUUGCUACUCCAUUCUUUUUUUGAGUAAUAACCAUUCCUUUCCACAUUUUCUUACACAUGGAAAUUUCACCUUUUUUCAAACUUUAUACCCAAUAUCACCUCUGGGUUUUCUUAAGGGCUCAGCUAAUUAUUUGAAGACCUUGUAUAAAACUCUAGGUUUUAGAAAAGGUCCAUCAUCUACCUUUAAAGGAAGGGUUUAUUUCCUUUUCUGUUACAUUUGCUCUUUGGAGUAUUUUGAAAAGCUGUUCUGUAAGUUCUUCUUCUGAGAGUAGAUGAAAACAACAGUAGUAAACACAGUAUUAACCUGUGAUGCUUUUCUUUCUCAUCCUUCUAUUGUGGGAAAGUGCUAUAGUUCUUCUACCCCUAGAGAAGGUAUUUGCUCCACCACUCUCCUCUUUGGACCCUCCUGAGUGGCUAAGCUAGCUCAAAGGGCCUGCCUUUGCAGUAGGGUCUAAGGCAGAGACAGUCCUGAUGCCUCAUUCCAGAGUAUCAGUGGUUCCAUCCUUCUCUUCCCCCUCACUGUCCCAAUUUACUAACAGAACUAAAUUAAAAGUUUUAGUGUCAUGAAUAAAAACAAUAUAGUCAACAUUCAAAAAUCAACAUCUAAAUUAAAAAUUAGCCAUCUAACCAGUGGAAAAAUGUAGCAAUAAAGCUUAUAACAAUAAAGAAAAUACAUAAGAAUAAACACAAAUGUGAAGGAUCUAUGUGAAGAAAACUAGAGUUUUCUCAUAAGAACAGAAAACUUAUUUAAAUAGUAACAUACCACCUAAUUAGUCACAUUCCAGCGUCCUCUAUAGCUAGAGAUGAUCAUAUUACAUAUUUGUGGCUGAUGAGACAUCAGAGGAAAUAUGUUGUGGAGUUACAGAGAAUAUGUAUUUGCUUUGCAAACACUCCUGGCGCUUCUCCCA